GGAGUCACUUGUCCCUCCCUUGGAGUGAGGCCCCCUGUCCGGCUACCUCCGCCAUGGGCAACACGAGCAGCGAGCGCGCUGCGCUGGACCGGCAGGGCGGCCACAAGACGCCCCGAGGGGACAGCUCGGGGGGCUCCAAGGAUGGGGACAGGCCCAAGAUCCUGAUGGACAGCCCCGAGGACGCUGACCUCUUCCAGUCAGAGGAAAUCAAGGCUCCGGAGAAGGAGGAGUUCCUGGCCUGGCAGCACGAUCUGGAAGUGAACGACAAAGCUCCUGCCCAGGCUCGGCCAACUGUGUUUCGAUGGACGGGGGGCGGAAAGGAAGUUUACUUAUCUGGGUCCUUCAACAAUUGGAGUAAACUUCCCCUCACAAGAAGCCACAAUAACUUUGUAGCCAUCCUGGACCUGCCCGAAGGAGAGCAUCAGUACAAGUUCUUCGUGGAUGGUCAGUGGACACACGACCCUUCUGAGCCGAUAGUGACCAGCCAGCUUGGCACAGUAAACAACAUCAUUCAAGUGAAGAAAACUGAUUUUGAAGUAUUUGAUGCUUUAAUGGUGGAUUCCCAAAAGUGCUCCGACGUGUCUGAGCUGUCCAGUUCCCCACCAGGACCCUACCAUCAGGAGCCCUACGUCUGGAAACCAGAGGAGCGGUUUAAAGCACCACCCAUCCUCCCGCCACAUCUUCUCCAGGUCAUCCUGAACAAGGACACGGGGAUUUCCUGUGAUCCAGCUUUGCUCCCUGAGCCCAACCACGUCAUGCUGAACCACCUCUAUGCACUUUCCAUCAAGGACGGAGUGAUGGUGCUCAGCGCGACCCACCGGUACAAGAAAAAAUACGUCACCACCUUGUUAUACAAGCCCAUAUGAAGAGCUGGGGCCAGCCUUGGGCCCCAGGGGGCAGUGUGCACCACCGGGCUCCACGUGUGCAUGCUUU